CCACCAUCUAUACCCACCUCUCCCUUUAUUCUAUCUUGUUCAUCAUUUCAUUUUCACUGUCCCAUGGCCAAGUUGCGAACUGCAAGGGUCACCACCGAGGUUGCUCCACCAAGAUUCGUGGCAGUGACGAGGUGCCGCGUGAAGAAAAUGCUUGACACCAUCAUGGAGGAAGAGAAUGAUUUUGUUGCUGACAAACGCUUCUCUUCACCAUCUUGUGGCUCUUCCUCUAUAAGCCUUAUAGAGAGGCCAAUUUUGGUGAACAAAUUCUAGCUUCUUGGCUAUUAUACCUGUAGAAAUUAUUGUGUGAUUUGGAAUCAUUACUAGUUUCGUGUUACAGUCAAUUUUCACGUGAUACAUAUACUCAAGUUUUAUCAAUUGUUUUUCAAAUUAAAAAUUCCACUACGUAUCACGUAUAGAUUGAUUGGAGAUAUGAAUACGUAAUAGUUUUUCUAUCAUGUGAUAAUUUCUUUGUUACUUUUCCUGUGUGGUUGUGAGAAGAAGAAUAAGAGAAGCAUACGGUUUGGUAAUGUUUCCAGUGCUCACCGGCGGAAUCAAAAUAACAGGAAGGAAAAUGAACACCACUUGGAUUAUGACAUUAACGUGCUGUUUCUCUGACCGGAUUAACAUCACUUAAGUUAUGAUGACAUUGUGCUGUUUCUUUUCUUUUUUGAGUCUUUUAGAAUUAUUUUUUUUGUUUAAUUUGCUUGAGUGUUCGUUGGGGUUAUCGUCCAGAUUUUGGAUUGUGAUUUCCCCUCAUGUGGCUGUUCAUGUAAUUGUUUAUGGCUUUUAUGAAACAUAGGCACAGAUGAAUCCCCAGGAUAGUAGAAUCCACGAUGAUGAUGUGAAUUACUUUAUGUGUAAAGCCAUGGACAUGGAGUAAGAAAGUCUUAAUAAAGGGUCUCUAAGUAAGUUUUUGCUA